CCCUCGUCCCCACCCCCCCCCUCACGGAAACGACAGCUGAGGCGGUGGAGCUGGCGCCGCCUCCCUCCACCUACCACGUCUGCCCCGCCGCGUAGCCCCCGCCUCCCGGCUAGGUCAGCCGGCGGCUCCGCCUGGCUGCUGCCCAGGAUGAACAUCAUGGACUUCAACGUGAAGAAGCUGGCGGCCGACGCAGGCACCUUCCUCAGUCGCGCCGUGCAGUUCACAGAAGAAAAACUUGGCCAGGCUGAGAAGACAGAAUUGGAUGCUCACUUAGAGAACCUCCUUAGCAAAGCUGAAUGUACCAAAAUAUGGACAGAAAAAAUAAUGAAACAAACUGAAGUGUUAUUGCAGCCAAAUCCAAAUGCCAGGAUAGAAGAAUUUGUUUAUGAGAAACUGGAUAGAAAAGCUCCAACUCGUGUAAACAACCCAGAACUUUUGGGACAACAUAUGAUCGAUGCAGGCACUGAGUUUGGCCCAGGAACAGCUUAUGGUAAUGCCCUUAUUAAAUGUGGAGAAGCUCAAAAACGAAUUGGAAGUGCAGACAGAGAAUUGAUUCAAACGUCAGCCUUAAAUUUUCUCACUCCUUUAAGAAACUUUAUAGAAGGAGAUUACAAAACAAUUGCUAAAGAAAGAAAGCUAUUACAAAAUAAGAGACUGGAUUUGGAUGCUGCAAAAACCAGACUAAAAAAGGCAAAAGCUGCAGAAACUAGAAAUUCACAACUAAACUCAUCUCGCCCUGAAGGAGAUAGCAUUAUGGUAAAUUUCUCUUACAUGCUCAACUUCCUGCAUGUAAAAUGGCUGAAGUCUGAACAGGAAUUAAGAAUAAGUCAAAGUGAAUUUGAUCGCCAAGCAGAGAUUACCAGGCUUCUGCUAGAGGGAAUUAGCAGUACACACGCCCAUCACCUUCGCUGUCUGCAUGACUUUGUAGAAGCCCAGAUGACUUACUAUGCCCAAUGUUACCAAUACAUGUUAGACCUCCAGAAACAACUGGGAAGUUUUCCAUCCAAUUAUCUUUGUAACAACAAUCAAAAUUCUGUGACACCUGCACCAUCUGUUUUACCAAAUGUGAUUGGUUCUUCUGCCAUGGCUUCAACAAGUGGCCUAGUAAUCACCUCUCCUCCUUCCAACCUCAGUGAUGUUAAGGAGUAUAGUGGCAGCAGGAAGGCCAGAGUUCUCUAUGAUUAUGAUGCUGCAAACAGUACUGAAUUAUCACUUCUGGCAGAUGAGGUGAUCACUGUGUUCAGUGUCAUUGGAAUGGAUUCAGACUGGCUAAUGGGGGAAAGAGGAAAUCAGAAGGGCAAGGUGCCAAUUACCUACUUAGAACUGCUCAAUUAAAUAGGUGAACUGUGGAAAGAUUACCCAUCGUGACAUUGUAUUUAUAUACAGUUAACGCUAAAGCAGGUUUAAGUAUCUUCCAUGUUAAUGUCUUAAAAGACUGAAAAAAAAAAUACCAGCUAUCAGAAAUUGGCCUUUCUGCCAAUAAAGUUGCAUGAUAAAUAUUUCAUUACAGAAUUUGUUAGAGCUUUCAUGCCAAGGAUGUUUUCUUACGAAAUUCUCUUUUUACUGAAGUUUCACUAAUAAGCAGCUUCUACUUUUGAGCCUCGACUUAAAGCAGAAGAACUGUUUUCUACUGAAUUUUUCAUUAACAGCAAGCUUUUUCUUUUAUGUAAAAUAAAUCUAUUGCGAAUUGA